GUUAAAAAUUGGUUGAAAAUUCAACAACAAUAAAUAGUUGAAAAUUCAAUUUUGCGUUAUUGAAAACUAAAUUCAAUAACUUUUGAUUGAAUAUCUCGGCGCUAGGUUUUUCUAAGUUAAUUCAAGUACAUGUUACUGAAAAAACUUAUAAAAUUUUGACGUAUCCAACUUUUAUUAGGCAUCAAUUCGCAUUUUAAAUACUUAUGAGACAUGAUAAAAACAAUGUAAAAUGAUGUGUAUCGUAACCUAUAUAUUAAUGAAUUGUAAAAUAACAUCUCGAGCAACAUCGUCAAACGGGAUCGGACAAUAGCUGCACGGAAAGAAGUACGCACGCUGAGGGACGGCGCGACUGAGCAUCUUGAUUUUGAUACUCUUAAACACGGUGUAUUGGCAUGCACUGAUAUUCAGCAUGCUUGCACGAGAAAAAACGAUGCGCAAGAAUCAGUAGGGCACGCGUCGCCGCUCGCGCAGUUGCACCGUCCCUCGGCAUGUAUCACACUACUUCUUUCCGUGUGACAGUUCUACGCAUUGAUAUAGGUGGUUCGACAUCGCUACCGCGCAUGCGCGUCGUCGCUGCGGCAUGUCGCGUCGGUCGGGCCCGCCCGCCGCCGCUGACCGGGCGAGCGAGUCGCGAGCGCCGUCCGCGAGUGCAAGCGUGAGCGAAAAAUAACCGCCAUUUCGACAGCAGCGUUUUAAAGUAGUGCAUGUUUGGCUUUGUUCGUAACGGAUUUUUGGUUUCGUUCUACAUUCAAUGAUGUCAUUACGGUAGAGGUUAGGAUACCCAUUCGCCGGCAAGUUUCGACCGAACUAUUCGGAGAAUUCCGUGCCAAAAACACAAUUCAUCAAGCGGAAAGUUAUGGUUCGAGAGCCCGAAUAUCAAAAGGGACAUUCUUGCUACAGCAUCAGCAGUUAACAACGUCACGCAGGCUUUCUGAAGCCGCUUUUUGGAAGUCUCGCGGCAGUGUCUCCGCGUCAGGACAUAUAUCUUGCACAGCAAGCAGAGAGACAGUUGUAGCCUACCCGCGCGCCAUCACCUACGCUCUCAUCCCAGCUCGCAGCGGCCGUAUUUAUCGCGACUCGUCAGCAUAUCCUUAAGCUCUGAGUCUACUAGGAUAUAAGAAGGAUAUUCUUACAAAAGCAUUGGCAGUUGACGACGUCGCGUAGGCUUUCUGAAGCCGCUUUUUGGAGGUCUCGCGGCAGCGGCCAGUGUCUCCCCGCCUGCGUCAGGCCAUCUAUCUUCAGCGUCAGCUACAGCGAGCUUACAGCUCGUAGCGGCAGUGUUUAUUGCGACUCUUCAACAUAUCUUCAAGCUCUGUGUCUACACGAAUGCAUUGAAACAGUAAGCGUUGUUAAGCCUACCUACUAGGGUCCACGUUUUGGUUUGCAUCGCUGAUGGCUCAGGUAUAAAUAUCUUGGAGUAUUGUUAUAGUCAACUACAAAGCUCGAUGCUCAUGAUAUGCUACUGGUAAACUUCAGUACCAUAGCUGAUUUUAUUUCAUGGAUUAUUGUCAACUGAUAUAUGUAUGGCUGAUGAUUCACAUAUGAAUAUCCUGAAGAUGAACGUAGCCUAAGCUAUCCUUUUUUGUAGUCAACUAACAAGCUCCAGAAUAACAACGAUGUCAAAACUUGUUGAUUUGCUAACAAAAACUGGGAGCUCACUGACUGAGUGAAAUUAUUUUUAAACAACUAGAUAAAAAAACGUUAUUAUCAAGGUUAUACGUCUCUCUACAUAAGCUGAGCGUAAGUGUUUUGGUGUAGUUGAAAAUUGAUUCGCGAAAAAGCUAAAUGGUUCUUAUAAAUGUAGUGGACGGUCUUCAAUUUUUCUCAGUGCCUCUGCGUCUCCUGAACCAUUUCUGUGCGAAAAUGAGCUAUAAGCUAAGUUCAUUUAUUUGAAUCAUGAACUAUAGGUUAUUUUAAUUUGAAUAUUAGAUAUUAUUAGGGGCACACCUGAUUCAAUAGAUUAUAUCAACUUUCGCGUUAUCUUAAAGAAAAUUAUGUUCUACUGUCGUCUUUGUAACUUCAAAACACCAUCCUUGCCUAGACAUUUGCUACACCAUAAAUUUCAUCGAAAUAUUCAUAAUUAUGUACAUUGUGGAUUUGAAAAGUGUCUAAAAUUUUUCAAAAAGGAAGCUCACUUAAAGAAACAUUUAUUUCGGUCGCAUAAUCUUUUGAAACAAAAAGAAAAUCCAAAAACAGUAUUAAAUUCCGACCAAAGAGGUAAAUUUGUGUGUAGCAUUAGUAGUUGCGAAAAAGAGUGGGAUUGUUUCUCUGAUCUUGUCAAACAUUUGAAAGUACACAUUAAAAAAAAUGAUCAAAUCACCUGCCCAAUGCACGAUUGUGGAAAGAAGUACAAGGUUUUAUCUUCUUUUACUAGUCAUUUAACUAAACAGCAUAGAAACAAUUAUAAAAAAGUACAGGAUUCAAAAAUAUACGAUCAGUCAGAAAUCGAGGAAUCGCAAACAAAUUCAGAUUCUGUUGAAGCUCAGUCGCUUGAAUGUGUUGUCGACAAUGAAAAUCAAUCUGAACGUUUUGAAAUCGAUGGUAAUGCGCAAUCGGAAUCUCCAGUAGAACUAAAUCCUUCACUAGAAGAAUCGUCCGAUUUGUAUCUACAUAACUUAGCUCAAUUCUAUUUGAAAUUAGAAACCCAGCUUUUGCUUUCCGCUUCUACUGUGAAAACUAUUGUUACUGAAAUAACCAGUAUGCAGCGAGAAUCACAAAAUAUUGUAAUGACAUCGUUAGCUAGAAAAUUGAUCUCUGAAGGAAUAUCAGCUGAUAAAGUCGAUAUUAUUGUGAAAGAAAUCAUAAACGAAGAUCCUUUCUUAAAAUGUAAUGUAAAAUUAGGAAGUAAUUACAAACGAAAAAAAUUUUAUAAGGAAAAUUUUGAUUUUAUACAACCAGAGUCACUAGUAAUCGACAAGGAGAACCAAACGUAUUUUUCAUACGUGCCCAUAAUAGAAACCCUAAAAUAUACGUUCCAAGAUAAGUCAAUACAGCAUGAAAUAUUAAAAAAACCUGAACCAAGAGAUAAAGACGUUCUUUUCGACUUCAUGGAUGGCACUGUAUAUAAAUGCAAUACGUUUUUCAACGAUAAUCCGGACGCAUUAAAAAUUAUUUUAUACCAAGAUGCUUUUGAAGUAGUGAAUCCCAUCGGAGCUGCAAAAAAGAAGCAUAAAAUUUUAGCGGUAUACAUGAGUAUUGAAAAUUUACCAGAAAACUUACGAUCUCAUGUCAAUACUAUUAAACUUGUUGCGCUAUGCAACGAAAUUGAUUUUGAUUGCCAAAAGGUCUAUGGAAAAAUCGUAGAAGAUCUAAAAAUUAUUGAAACUACUGGAAUUGAAGUAGGUGAAUGUAUUCUCACGACAUGGAAAAACUCGCUUGAAAAAAAAGUGAAACCGAUAAGACAGUAUCUGAAGACUUGCCAUACUUUGAAAAUAAAUAAAAGUCAAGAAUUAAAAAAUAUAAUUCAAGACUGCAAAGAGGCAACUGAAACAAGAAAAGAUAAUUAUCCUAAAAAUGCUAUUAUUUUUCCGCUUCUAGUAUUAUACUUUGAAGAAAAUAUAGAACUGCUAUACAAUAUUGUUGAUAGCGCACUUAAUGAGGAUGCUAUUCUGGAAACCUGCGCGAAUAAUAAUCAUCCUGUAUUGAUUAUUAGAGGUAAAACAUUGUACGAUUCAGAAAGCACCUGCACUAUCAUUCUCGAAGGAAAAACUGUAAUCUACUGUUCAGAUUUCUUGGAUGGAAUUUUAUUAACAUUCUUGAGUUAUUAUAUUUUUGGUUAUAAGUAUCCAGCAGGCUUGGAAAAAACUCUAGAAUUCAUUCAAAGGAUUUUACUGCAAAUUAACCCUCCAAUAGGAACGAAGACUGCUCCAGGAAAGAAAAGACGCACAAAAUCCUACAACAGUGCCGUGUUCAGUCUAGCUAAAGCUUUGUCUAACUUUUCGGAUUCUUUUAAAACAACUUAAUACAUCAGAUAAUUAGUGAGACUUUAAUUUAAGCACGCGAGAGAAUGUAUAAAAAUAUUCGAACUACCGUUAAUAAUCAGCAAGUAUUUUGACUUUUUUUAAGAUCGUUGCUAUUUAAUUGCAAGUAACUGUGUAAAGCUGUUUAUUUAAUAUUUAUUUAUUGAACUAUGUAUUCUUUUUCUGCAAUACAUAAAUAUUACUCUUAUAAAAAUAGUGUUUAUUAAACACGUUUCCAACAGAAAUUAAAACAACAAUAUCAUUAUUAAGCGCACAAGGAUUCUAUUAAAAAGUACUUGAAUUUUCAACAAUUGUCAAUGAAUUUUUAAGUAGGAUGUGGUUGAAAUUUUCAAUUACGUGAUUGGAAAAAACUUCAAGAACAUUUUGUUGAAUUUUCAAUCACCGAUUUUUAACA